GCAGCAGCCGCCGCUGCAGCUGCCUAUAUAAAGGGAUGGAUAUACACAGGUGGGUAUGUAUCUAGGGUUUCAUUUCCCAUUGAUCAUCAUACAUACGUAUCGUCGAUCCGUCGUCGAGUCGAUUUGUUCCGUCGUCUAGAGAUCUCAUCGUUGUGCUCAGUGAAAUCAAUCCUUGGAUGAAUUCCAAUUCCCGCGGGCAAAAUCGACGCAUCGAUCUCGUUUUUAGGCCGAGGGCCAGGACGGUGCAGCCAUCCUUUUUCGACGAUCCUGAUUACGAUCCCCUCUCCGACGAUGAUCUGGCCGCCGCCGCCGCCGUGUUCGGCGAUGACGAUGAUGAUUAUCUGGUGGCAGCCCCCGCUCAUGGCAGCAGCAGCAGCAGCAAGCGUCCUCACGUCGCUGCCGCUAGCGAGGAGGCCAUCCUGAGGCUGCAGGAGGUGACGGGUCGUUCUCGCUUGGGGUCCGCCGGGGAGGAGCAGUGCGCCGUCUGCCGGCAAGACUUCCGCGCCGACGAGACGCUGAGGGCCAUGCCCUGCUCCCACGCCUUCCACCAGCACUGCAUCUCGGAGUGGCUCCGCCGCAACGCCGUCUGCCCUCUCUGUCGCUGCCGGCUGCCCGAGGAGGAGGAGGAGGACAAGCAGAGGAGGAAGAUCGAUCUAUAGGCGGAUAGUAGUAGC